AUGCCCCGAAGACUCCUUCACGUCCCUACCAUGACAUCAGUGGAGCUACCACUACCCGGAAAUCCGAGGCCAAAGUACAACAUACUCUCGUACACUUGGGGCCGAUGGAGAUCCGUCGAGUUUGAUUCCAUCAAUAUAAAGGGAACACCAUGGAAGAUUCCUGCAGUCAAUCCCAACUUUGCCUUCUCUCCAAAACAAUUCGAAGAUGUCUUGCGUCGUGUGGCCAAAGAAGUCGAUUAUGUCUGGGUAGACAUUGCUUGCAUCAACCAGGGGAGAAAUCCACAGGAUAUCGCCGAAGGCAUGGAUCAGAUAGGAAAACAAAUGGGGAUUUUCAAAGGAGCACAUGAAGCGUAUGUUUGGUUGCAUUGCUCAUCGAACAAACAACUUGAGAAGAUCGACGAAUCUGAAGCGUGUUUCUAUGAGUUUGGCUACAUGCUUGAGUCCCUGGGAAAAGCAAGGCAUACACAUUCACAUGCAAACCCUUACGACGAAGGGUUGGUCAUCGAAACCCUGGAUAGGGCCAUAACAGCACUUAGGUCGUGGACCAGUGACCCUUGGUUCAGUUCGUUAUGGACAUUGCAGGAAUCAGUGCUCAGGAGAGAUGCCAUUAUUCUGUCCUGCGAAGGCGAAACAGUUCCCCCUGCAGGUAAAGGGACCCCGAAGGAGCUCCGUAUGGCAGGAAACUUUCUCCGAAACAUCCUGCAGAUACUGUGCGGAUCUCUCCAAGAAGGUGGAAACUCACCUGUCCUACUGAAGAAGCUAUCCGAAGCAAGAGACGAGAUUCGCUCAAAUGUCCUCGCCUUCAUGAGAUGCGGCAAUCCUAAUGUUCCCUUUGGGCUGGCCAAACACCGCACAACUAAUCGUGAGGAAGAUCGAAUCUACGGAAUCAUGCAAGUCUACGGGCUUAGGCUAGGCAAAACUGUCGAGCCUGACAAAUCAUUCACUCUCGAGCAAUUGAAAGAUCAACUCUCCAUUCGACUGAAUGAGCGAUGCCCUGUGGUUGCUCAGAUGUUCGUUCACUCGCAGACGCCCCGAGCUGGCCGGAGUUGGCAAAUAACACAGGAGUGUUGGGUACCAUCUCCAUUCAUAAGCUGCGAGCUAAGAGCUCGCGAAGCAAAUGACUGCUCCGUUUCCGUCGACGCCAACAUGCGUGCUGUUAUAACGGGCCGCGCUUGGCCUCUCGCCGACAUCAUUCCAGUUCUGGAGGUCGAGUGGAACUGGGGGAAUCUCAUAUUAGAUUGCAAUUCCAACAUCGGAAACGCAAGUUGGAAAUCUAUAGAAAGGGGCGACCCCCAAAGUCUAGAAAUUGCAGACGAGCGGCUUCGCGAGCGUUGUGACGAGGUUAGGAGAGCUCUAUCGAAUAGCUUGGACAAUGUCUUGCCUGUUGAAGAGCUGAUUCUCGUGUACAUGGGCCGGAUCCAGUCAUAUGACGAGCAGUCCGUACAUCUUGGUCUUGUCUUACUACGUCAACAAGAGUUUGGGAACGGGUCUCACCUGUGGGUGAGAGCGGGUAUAUGCUCUUGGCGCGGUGGGCUCGAGCAGCUACCUCCAAAUCCUAUUGGAGGCGACUUUGGUGUGAUGUAG